CCUGUCCUUCUUCUCAUCUCCCCUCCGAUCAUUGCCGCUGCUCCACGCACCGGACUCGCCGAUACCGCAGAGCCAUGUCCAUCAAAUUUAUCCUCCUGGUGUCCCGACAGGGAAAGAUCCGACUGACCAAGUGGUUCACCUCCGACUGGGGUCUCAAGGAAAAAACCAAGACCGUCAAGGAAGUCAGCGCGACGGUCCUGGCCAGACGAACCAAGAUGUGCAACGUCCUGGAGUAUAAAGACUACAAGGUCGUGUAUCGAAGAUACGCAAGCCUGUUCUUUGUUGCAGGGAUCGAUGUCGACGACAACGAGCUGAUUGUUCUGGAGGUCAUCCACCGAUACGUCGAGGUUCUGGACAAGUGGUUCCUGAAUGUGUGCGAGCUCGACAUCAUCUUCAACUUCCAGCAAGCUUACAUGAUCAUGGACGAGAUCUUGAUCGGAGGAGAGCUGCAAGACUCGAGUAAACGAUCGGUCAUCAACUCGCUCAAGCGAAUGGAAGAGGCCGAGAAACAGGAAACUGGCCUUGUGCCGAUGUAGACCUCAGGGCCGCCACUCCUCUCGAGCCCCGAAAGCAGCGCAUCCGAGCGAGCUGUCGUUUUACAGCGUUUCCAAAAUGAAAUGGGACACCCCCGUUUUGAGCCAUGACAUAUAUUUUGGUUCUGGAACCUGAAUACACCCACCCACUCAUUGCAGUCAUGGCCAA